AUGAAACAACAGCCAUCAAUACAGCUACCAACAGAUACAGGUACACAUGAAACAAACAGCCAUAAUACAGCUACCACAGAUACAGGUACCAAAGAGCCAGGUACACAUAAACAACAGCCAUCAAUUACAGCUACCACAGAUACAGGUACCAAAGAGCCAGGUACACAUGAAACAACAGCCAUCAAUACAGCUACCACAGAUACAGGUACCAAAGACAGUGAGACCACAGGAACAGGGAUCACAAAGUCCACCAUCCCACCAACUGGUCAGACCUCUCUCCCGGUAACUGAGGGUAGUACCCUGUCUUCAACACCCCUCGCCGCCACUACAAGGGGCCCUGAGACCUCUCUCCCAGUGACCGAUGGCUCCACGUCCUCAUCCCCCACCGCUACCAUUACAGGGAGCCCUCAUACAGACAAAACCACUGGAACAGAGGGGACUACCGAUUCUACAACCACAGCUGGCACUCCAGCUUCGCCCCCCACCUUCAGCUCUUCCUCCAGCCCACCCUCUCCAGGCUCUACCCAAACCCCAGGCAGUAGCACUGCUGCCCCCGUAGACACCUCCACCACCCCUGCCCCCUCUCCCACCAUCACACCUACAGGAGAAACCCAUGGGCAACCAACUAGCAAAACUAGUGAGAGCCCUCUUCCUCCUUUCCACACCUCAACCUCCCCUACCGGUGGAAGCACCACCCAGCCGGAGUCAGCCGUCACUGCUGCCACCUCCCUGCCUCCACCCAUCUCCAUAGUGUGUCCCUCCACUCCCUGUCCGUAUGAUAGCAUCUGUCUCAACGGCACCUGCCAGUGUAUGUCUGGGACCUUCCUCUUAGAGGGCCGCUGUGUACAAGCCCAAGUGUUCUCUGGAGACCUGCAUCUCAACCAGACAUUUCAGGCUGAAAUGAGCAACCGGUCAUCAGUGAUAUUUCAGCAAACAGCAGCCAGGAUCUCAGAGGCACUGAGAAGAGCCUUGGAAAACGAGUCUGGAUACAGCCAAACUGAUGUCGUGCUGCUGAGGCAAGGCAGUGUGAUAGCGACCGUGAACAACGUGUUUAAACUAGGUUCCAGUGCCACCCAGACUUCGACCAAUGCCGCUAUAGAUAAAGCCAUACAAGCCUGUGGGUCGACCUGUGGGACCAUACUGGAAAGAGCUGCAUUUACCGCCACUGACCUAUGUGAGCAGACCCCCCAACCGUGUGAUGUCCGCUCUACUACGUGCGAGUACAAAGAAGAUGGAGUGACCAGAUGCUCCUGUAAGGCUGGCUACAUCAACAGCUUCUACUCAAACCGAAGCUGCACAGCCUGUCCCAGUGGUCAAAGGUCAGAGGGAGACACAUGUGUGCCAUGCACGUUUGGCUACGCUGGAUUCAACUGCGCUGACUCGGCUCUGUUGGCAGUGGUAGUCAUCGCCUGUGUACUGGGGGGAGUCCUUCUCAUCAUGCUGCUGGCCUUGUUUGCAUAUUGCUGCUGGUACCGGUCGCAGUCGGUGAAGAAGCCUUCAGCAGAGUUCAGCAGCCCGUACCCUGUGGAGGACUUCCAGGGCCCCUGGUCCACCACCCAGGGCAUCACCCCAAUCCCCCGGGCCAGCACCAACUGGGACUCAGCCCCCAUGGAGAUGACCGAGGGGGGCAGCACACACACCCUGUUUGACAUGAAGCCCCAAACCAACGGAGCGGGAUUCCACAUCCUGCCUAAACGGGGGAAGAAGACCGGGUCGUAUGACCUGACCUCAGACGCAUGA